AUGGUGGUCGCUAGCUAAUGUUUGCUGCUGGUCAGACAAUGUUCACUGAUGCCUGUCAAAUGUAUAAACUUGAAUAUUUUUAUUUGAAGUAAAUAUCAUUCUCGUCUACCAGAAAUGAAGAUAUUUGUAUGCAGCCUAUAAGCGAGUCAUCGAAAAAAUGUUAAUAUCUUAUGUGCUUCUAAAUGGAGUCGCCAGUGCCGUGCGUGAUACCGAUUGUUAUAUAUAAACGCGCUCCUUCCUUUUAGUCAGUCCCCCGCAAUUCUUUGUUUCUUCGUUAGCACCGAGAGUUUAAGCGAUUCUAUCUUCAGAUUCAUGAAAAACAAAGUCAUUAGGCGAAACAAAUGUGUUUGUUCACUCCAAAAGGAUGAAAAUGCCAUCAUUUUUCUGAACUUCGGAUUGUAAGAAAAAGAGGCAAAAAACCUAUGGUGAGAAAUGUCAAUCGGUAAAAAACAGGGCCUCUCAAGUGGCAGCUUCUAAGAGUUCCCUGAGUCACAAUGAGAGCCAUUGUUUCAAUAAUAGUGGUCGCAGUGCUCUACGGAAUUAGCGACCAAUAUGCCAAUGCAAACAGAAUAUGUGCGAGUCGCAAGAAAGACGCAGAAAAUUCUUUAAACGAGAAUUUCGAAGAUGAAGUCCAGGAGGAAUCUGAUGUUGAGGACCAUGCCAGAUAUCGAAGACAGGACAUUAAGUUCGAAACUUGCAAGAACUUUUGCUAUGCCUUGUGGAAGGAGGAUAAGACUACGAAUGGUAGUCAAAUAACAAUUAUUAUGCAAGGUUGCUGGAAGCAAUCUGGAGAUCAAAAAUGUGAAAGCACAGAUUGUGUAGCUCUCGAGCAGUCAACGAAAGCCUUAAAUAACACGAAAUUUUGCUGCUGUCGGGGGGACUAUUGCAAUCUCAACAUUACUGAUCACGGUCAAAAUAAAUUUAUUCAAUCCAGUCCUACAACGACGGAAUAUUUAGAGCAGCCAGACUCGAAAAAAUGGGUAUUUGUUACGAUGGCCGUUUUAGCCUGUAUGCUAAUUGUCAUGUGUACUGUAGGACUAUUUGUUUGUGUAGUAUACAAAAAUAAUAGAGCACUUAGAUUUGGAAAGCCCAUACCUUACAACGAUCAAUAUUCAGACAGUUCUGCGUUAAGAACUGGUACUUACACAUUUGACCAUCUGAAAUUGGCAACAAUUGUUGGUGAAGGGCGGUAUGGUUCGGUGUGGCAAGGCAGCAUUGGCGAUCAAGAUGUCGCUGUUAAGAUUUUCCCUUCACACUAUAGAAGUUACUUUCAAAAUGAGAAAGAUACUUACUGCCUACCUUUCAUGGAACAUCCUUCGUUAUUAAAAUACUAUGGUGCGGACGAGAGAAUAAAUUUAGAGGGCAACACAGAAUAUCUUUUGGUCUUAAGUUUUGCGCCCGGAGGAACUUUGACAGAUUUUUUGCGAUCUCAGACCGUAGACUGGCCCACAUUUUGUAAAAUGGGCCUCUCAUUAGUCAAAGGUCUUGCUUACUUGCAUACGGAUAUCAACAAAAAUGGAAAAUUGAAGCCAUGUGUGGCGCACAGAGAUAUCAAUUCAAGAAAUAUUUUAAUAAAAGCCGACGGUAGUUGCUGUAUAUGCGAUCUUGGAUUGGCGGUACAAAUCGAUGAAACAAAGUCGAUUAAUGAUGUUGGCACGCUCAGAUACAUGGCACCGGAAGUGUUGGAAGGUGCUGUGAAUUUAAGGGAUUGUGAAAGUUCUCUCAAACAAAUAGACGUCUACGCAAUUGGAUUAGUACUAUGGGAAAUAGUAUCUCGCUGUUCUGAUAUUUAUGUUCCUGGGUUCCAAGUUCCACCAUAUAAGCAGCCUUUUGAAAAAGAAAUUGGAUUACAUCCAACUUUUGAACAAAUGCAAGUGCUAGUUUCUCGCCAUAAGGCGAGGCCUUUAUUAGAGGGAAAUUUGGUAGAUAAACCGGGAGUCCGUCUCAUAAAGGAGACAAUGGAAGAUUGUUGGGAUCCAGAUGCAGAAGCCCGUCUCACUGCUUUGUGCAUAGAAGAAAGAUUAACGGAACUUCAGUCUCAUCGAGUGACAAUGUAUUUCACGGAUGGAAGUCCUAUGAUGAAUUCUCAUUGCGGACUUGUGCCUUCGACUACAAAUAGUCUUUUUAACGAAACACAUCAUGAUAAUUUUCAUACUGUACAAUUAGCGCAACACGCAUCGCACUCUGCUAACGAAACUGUAGCGGAUAAUCUAGUUACGUUAUCACCGGUCGACAAUAUCACCCAGGAACAUUGUAAAAAUUCAAACGAAAUGGCAAUGUGCUCGCACGCACAAACCCUCCAACCUUAUCAGGGCAGGAAUCCCUGUAUGGAGCGGAACCUCAUGGUACAGUCAAAUUCCGUGGAAGAGCUCGGGUGCAACGGUAACAUUUUAGUGGAUAAGUCAUCCAAGCACUCAAGUAGCGAGCAAUACAGAUUGCCCACCGAGUCGCAAGUUCUCAUUCCUCAAGACUACCACCUAGCUCAAAACACAAGUCAGUUGACACAACUGAGAUCAGCCACGCCCAUUCCCUACGUUCAAAACGUCAUAUCAGAGAGCGGAGGACCGUCCUACAACAAAUUAAAACAAACCAAUGUCUUCGACGCCUGCGCUCAAGAGAGCCCACGCAAGAAGGGAUUCGGAGGCUGGUCCAGCUUCAAGAAAUUGCUCUCCAACAAGAAGAUGUACACCUACAGCAAAUGUCAGAUCGAUCGGGAAGACUCCAAGUCCAAUUUAAUUGUCAGACAGAACGUGCAAAAGACUGUUGACACAAAUGUCACGAUUUCGUCCAAGGGCAAGUACGUCAACGACAUUGUUGGAAGAACGUCGACUUCCGUCAAUUUUGCCGGGAAGAACGACAAGAAUGCGAGUCAGGCAAGUAGCCAGAAGCAUGAUAACGAGAGCGAACCCUGUGUUAGACCCUCAACUUUGCCACUUGUACCUUUGAGAAGUAAAAAGAGCGAAAGCAACUUGACGAGACAGGAGAGUAUAGAGAAGUUCAAUCAGGUCUUUAAUGUUGGCUCAAGUCUGAACGUUUUGAAGGAUCCAAAUAUGCGGAUAAAAACGCCCGGGGAUUUACCGCCCUCUGUGAGGAAAGUGCGAGGGCGCUCUCAAUCGACAGCAAGAUUUUCUCUCUAUGACGAUCGUAUAAUGUGUAACAUUCUUAAUGAGGAGGACGACCAAAGUGAUAAAACUAUGUCAAACUCUGUGCCAUUCGGUAUGGACUUUGCCACCAAAACUUAACGAUAAGGAUGUUUACUUGCUUGCUUACUUUCAGGCAAAUAUUUUCUUUACGACUAAUUCGGACCGGAAAGUUGCGACAGGCACUCUGUAGAGGUUUUAACCCUUAAAUGGUACACUGGUGCGAAUUCGCACCUGAAGUUUUUUCAGUUUGUUGGCAUUUAUGCAAACACAGCUGCAGCAGAUUAUCCCCACAUAUGUUAAAUAUGUGUGAUAUAUGCUAGUUGUUUAUUAUAUGUUCAAUAUGUUAAAUAAUUCAUAUUAACAUUGCAAACAAACCAAUUCGCACCAGUGUACCGUUUACGUAUGCUCGGUUGGAAUGUACUAUUUGAGGGUUAAAUGUCCAAGAAUUUAUGUGUCCAGCUAAUGAUCUACAAAACUAUAAAAUUAAUAAAAACUAGAACAGUUAAAUUUGCAGUUGCAGGUUUGGCCGCUGGACCGGGAACCCGGAAAAUGAGAGUGCAUUUAUUUCUUAGAUAGGGAAUUUUACAAAUUUUUAGAAAAACAAUCUGUCCUUGUUUUAUUUCAACAGUUUAUUGAAGAAUAAGUUGAAUUUUUAUCUUUUUCGAUUAUGAUAUU